CUUUGAGGCCGCGCGUUUGGUUGCACACAGGCUGCAGUUUCAGUUUGUUUUAUUCACCAUUUUGAGUAGCUGAAGGUAAAAAAAAAAAAAGAAUAUAAGCGUUUGGAGGACACAUCAGUGCAGUACUUUUAUUUUUACGCGCUCGCUCGCACGGUGGAGUUGUGCUCCAACCUCGGGGUUUUUUUUUUGCAGAGCGGGAAUCUCUAUAUUUCUUUUUUUUUGUCCUUCUUCCCCUGUGUGCUUCUUCCCCCUUUUUUCUUACAUCCUUUAACCUCUACAGUAUUCCUGCAAAAUGUCAAGACCAGUGAGGAACAGGAAAGUGGUGAACUACUCACAAUUCAAUGAGUCUGAUGAUGCAGAUGAGGAGUAUGGUGAGAAUAAGCCUAAGAAGGUGCGUGCCCCCCCACGUGAGCCCAAGCACAAACGCUCAAAGAACUCACAGGAUGACAGCGAGGAGUCUGAUGAGAAGCUCACUAAACCCAAAAAUGACUCAGCAGAUGACUUCGGCAGCAACGAGGAAGACAACGACUUCGCAGAGGAGGAGGACGAUGAAGACGCGGGAAGUGACUAUGAAGAAAAAAAAGGCAAAAAGGGAAAGAAGGCAAAGGUGGAGAAGCCCGUGAAGAGGGGGCCGAAGAGGAAACGGGCUGCAGAUGACAGCGACGAUGAGAAGGAAGUGAGUCGAAAGCGUACAGUGCGCCAGGCGGCCUCCAAGGCGGUGUCCAAACAGAGGGAGAUCCUGCUGGGAGACGGGGGCAGCGAGGACGAGGAGCAGGAGGACCAGGAGGAGGGCUACAACGACCCUGACGAGUCCGGCAGCGACGAGGACUUCACGGUGGAGGACGACGAUGACAGCGAUUACGGUCGCUCCAAGAAGAAGGGCAAGAAGGUGAUCCGACGGGGGCGGCCGGAAAAGAAGGAGAAGAAGAGCCCCAAACCCCGACUAAAGGCCACAGUGACCCCCAGCCCGAUGAAAGGAAAGGGUAAGGGGCGCCCCAGCACCAAGACCGUGGAGAAGAGCUCACCCAAAGAGGAGGAAGAGGAGGAGCCCGAGAGCCCCCUGGAGGAGGAAGAAGAAGAGGAGGCCGAGAAGAAGGAGACUUCCCCCGUCGCCAAGAAGACGAAGGAGGCCGAGGAGGAGGAAGACGAAGAGGAGGAGGACGGCUCAGAAGAGGAGGCGCCUUCCGGAGAAGACUAGAAGAUGGUACCCUCUCCCCUCCCACCCCCACCAUACCUCCCCUCCGACCCGAAGCCCAUCCUCUUCUCCACGUCUCUUUCUCCGUCUCUUCUCAAAGUUUUGUUGCUCUGCGUUUAGAGGUUGUUUUUAUUUUGACUUUUUUUUUUGUUCUCUCUCCUGGUGGCCUGGCUCAACGGUUUGGACUUGUGUGCUUUUAUUAUUUGCUUCCUCCCCCCUCCCCUCCCUCCCUCCCCCUCCUCUAUAACUAAGACAUUGUGCUCAUGUGAUCACCCGCUGUGUGAAAGGAGUCACAACAUUCAUUCUGCAUUUGGAUUUACUUUUUUUUGGUGUGCAUUUUUCUCCUCAGUGCUAGCGAGCAUCCGUCCUGAUUGUGAAACAGAUCCAUUCGCUUGUCGCCCCCCACCACCACCACAGCUCCCAAAGCGCUGUAUUUACAAAGCUAAAGUCAACACACGCAGAGCCGGAAAGCCUUCUACUUUGGUACUUGUGUGCUUUUUUUUUUAAAUCCAGUAGCAUGUUUUCUAAAAGCAGCUUCAUUUUCUUCUUCUUUUUUUAAAGAGCUUCGUUUUGUUCUCCUGGUGACCCGUUUCCGUUGCUGCUCCAUCCAAUCGUUAUCGUAGACCUGGCGGAGUGUUUUACUUCACACACCGUCACACGAGCCAGCAUGUAUGUGUGUGUGUGUGUGUUAGUGUGUGUGUGUGUGUGUGUGUGUUUUUAAGUAAUCGAUGAAAUGCUUGUGCGGGGCGGUGGAGGGGGGGGGGGACUUCCUGGUCAGCUGCCUAACGGUUUCAGUUGUUGUAUGUUUGGCUUUCUAAUGAUGCAGCUCUUUUUCGUGAAGCAACCCACCGCCCCGCCACCCCCAACCCCGCUUCCCCCCCCUCCCCCCCCCCUGCAUGGUUACAGCAGCUUCUCAACAUUUCAGCCCCUUGUGCCAGGCACGCCCUCCCCAUUUAUAUUUUUCAUGAAAUGCAAGGAAGAGAUGUUUGGUUUUACUUUGUUUUUUGAGAGAUCAAAAAAAUGAAUGUCGUUUUUUUCUCCUGUUGUUCUAAUUCUCUAUUCAGAUUUUUUUUUUGUAAUGUUUGUUUUUUAAGAAAAGAAAUAAAAAUGUAUCUUGAUUUUAAAGAAAAAAGUCGACCCAAUCCAAUCUGUUGUGACCGGCCUUCCCCCAUUUCCUCCCCCUGUCCUCUCACUCGGCUUACUGUUUGUAUCCUUGUGUUCCUCAGAGCGUUUGUUUGCCCGUUCACAAGCACAUUUUUUACAGUACUAAGGCUCAGAAAAGAUUGAAAUAAAGUGAGCAGCUCGGUCUUUAUCCAGCCUUCGUUUGUCUAUAUUAAUGCCUUAAUUUCCAGUGAGUUCAGCACCAGUAGUUUAUCACCGAAGAAUGUAAUCUGUCCUCAUGUCUGAGUUCUUUGCUACAAGCGGUAAGUUAGGCUUCAAAUUAUUUUAAACCAUCAAAAGCCAUACGGUGAAACUAGUGACGCGGAGAUCAGAUGCAGCGUUUGUAAGAUUGUAGUGUUGUGACGUCAAAGCAAAUAAAAUCACAAAUGUAGAUGAGACAUCUGCUAUGUACGGAAGAGGCAACGUGUGACUUUCUGGAAAGAUCUGCCCUGAAAAGCGUUUGUUUCUUUCACAGAUUUCUGGGGAAAGUUUGAAUUCUGAGAUUAAAAUUUGAUUCUGAGAAAAAAAGCACAGGUUUUUUUUUCCUGUGUUUUUUUGGGGACUCUUACAAAAUUCUGAAUUCUUAAGAAGAAGUCAGAAUACUGGGGGGAAAAAAAUGGAAUUCUUAACUUAACGUUAAACUGUGAAAAGUCGGAAGUCUGAGAAGUCGGAAUUUCUUUCGCAGAUUCCAAUUUUGAAAUCGGAAAAAAUUGUAAGAAAAAUCAAUCUUAGAUUAAAGUAAGAAUUCUAAGAAAAAAAAUGGGAUUCUUCAAUUAAAUUCCGACUUUCGUUCAGAUAAAAAAAAGACAUGGUGCCCAAAUCCUCUUCUGAACCUUACCAAUCUUAGGAACUCAAAUGUAUUAUUCGGGAACAGUCAGGAUAUAUUUUUGAUUUGUCUCAAGGCUGCUCUUGAUUGAGUCCUGCAUGUGUACAGGACACACUCAAACCUAGUCAUGGGUUCAGAAGCACAUUCGAUUAUUUCACAACAGCAGGUUAGUGUGUUUUCUAGGUGGACAUCCUGAAUUGGCACCAAUCCUUAAUGUCCAUUUGGAUACAAAAACAGUGUUCAUACAAACGUAAAGCUCGGAGGAUCCGGAUCUGUCCUGUAGUUCACAGCGCUGAGGUUUUCUCCAUCACCGCUCGGGAGGCACACGGCAUAAGGCUGUGAAUUUCUCCUCUUUCAUCCAUUCUCAGAUCUCUUCUGUUGUGUUGUUGAUGUUUCUUUUCUAUCUACCUGCAGUUGUGCUGGCUGGCAAUGUUAAUGCAAGCCAAGUUGUGAUUCCUACAGGAGCCCCGUGUUGAGCAGCUUUGGUCUGUGCAGAGGGAACGCUGAACUCUUGAAUCUUUUGCAUGUUGUGGAGAAAGUGCGAAGCGUUGAUGAUGGCAAUUUGUGUGGUCUUACAACAACAACAACAACAAAAAGUAUUCACGACUAUGUUGAUAAUGUUUUGGUUUCCCAGCUUCUAAUAAAGGCAACCUACUUUUUA